UAGUAGACUCCGGUGCCAGCGAACAUAUGAGUAAUGACAUUAACUUAUUUACUUCGUACUCUGUGGCGCAAAACAAAAAGGUAACUGUGGGAAACGGAACGCAAAUUAAAGUACAUGGUUACGGACAGGUGGCGCUUGAAGUUUGGAAUGGUAGGAAAUGGAUCGAGUCUACCAUAGACAACGUAUUGCAUGUGCCAGAUUUAGAAACUAACCUCUUUUCUGUCAAUUGUGCUACUAAAAAAGGUUAUGUCAUGAUAACCGAGGAGAAGAUGUGUAAAUUUUAUAAACAAAAUAAACUGAUGGCCAUUGCCGAGAGGUGCGGGAGUAUGUAUUUUUUAAACGUACGGCUGAUUACUGCAUACGCAGCCAAUGUCUCGGAUAUGAAGUCCGAUCUACACGAGUGGCAUGAAAAAUUAGCGCACCAAAACAUACCUUACGUAAAGGACGUGCUCAAGAAACACAAUGUGAAAAUGGAAUCGGAGGCGGACGCCACUACCUGUGAAAGCUGUUUGAAGGGCAAAAUGUCUCGAUUGCCCUAUCCAGUGAGCAAUAACGUUAGUUCAAGCACAUGUGAAAUCAUCCACGCCGACACGUGCGGGCCUAUGGAAGUGCCAUCCAUAGGAGGAUCAAGUGGGCCUUACAACAGCGACUACAACACAGUGUGGGGCGGCAGUAUCACCUUUGCUGCUGGACGAGAGCCUUAACGGUGAUGGUCAAC